AAUUGAGUUAGCUAGCUAUUUGUGUUAUCGUAGAGGGAGAGAGAGAGAACGGGAACAGGGGGGUGUGUUUGUGGGGCAAACGAACACAGCACAGGGUGCGUGAGAAGCAAGCUGGCGGAAUUCAACAUGGCAUCCGGCGAUACGCUGUAUAUUGAGGCGGACGGCUCGGAGAUGCCGGCCGAAAUAGUGGAGCUGCACGAGAUAGAGGUGGAAACGAUACCAGUGGAGACUAUAGAGACUACGGUGGUCGGGGAAGACGACGACGAUGAUGACCAGCCGAUGAUAGCACUUCAGCCGCUGGGAUCAGACGACCCGAAUUCGAUCCACCACCACCAUCAAGAAGUGAUCCUAGUGCAGACAAGAGAGGAGGUUGUUGGCGGGGAUGAUUCGGAUAUGCAUGCGGACGGGAGUUACGAGGAUCAAAUCCUCAUCCCAGUACCAGCACCCGGCGUGGAAGACGAGUACAUCGAACAGACUUUGGUGACUGUGGCAGGGAAAAGCUCGGUGGGUCGGAUGAAGAGAGGGGGAGGCGGCAGUGGCAAGAAAGCGGGCAAAAAAAGCUAUUUGGGUGCUGCAGAAGCAAGCGGUAGAAAAUGGGAACAGAAGCAGGUGCAAAUAAAGACUCUGGAGGGGGAAUUCUCUGUUACAAUGUGGGCUUCGGGUAAGUGGUCGGUUCUAUCUAAUCUGUCAAUUCGAAAAGUGUAUCUCGCUCCCCGCAUUGUUCGUGCUUGGUCGUUAGCCUGUGCAAGGGGCCUUGUUGCAGGGCGUUGUCCUUCUGCACCAGUCUAUUUACUCGGCUAGUUCACCAGGCCACCUUCGGGAUCACUUUUAGAUGUUUUCGGUGCAGAAUUGCCUGUCAGUUAGAUUGAAAUGUUUUUGUUUUGAAGGGAGGCCAUGUUUUUAGAUGUUGCUGGGCGCCGCCAUGUUCCCCGAGAACCAGUAUGGCGGCCCUAAAAAAUGGCGAUAGAGCGGCGGGGCGAAGAUGGCGGCGGUUGGGGGAGCGAGCGCGCUGUUGGCUCCAGAGAGUAGGCCGCGAUGGCGUAGCUAGCUAGCUAUUUUCUACCAGGGUAACUAGUUAACUAGGUGGCUAACGUUAGCUAUGCGGACAGCUAGCUAGCUGCAGCCGUGAUUAUCUAGGUCAGUAGCACUGUAAUUUAGCACCAGUUGAGUUUGAUGUUAGAUUUUAAAAGGCUGGCCAAAUAUAUUUAUUUGUUGUCCAAAAAAAGUUAUAUUUAUAAUCUACGCCCAUUGAUGCAUGCACUUUUCUUCUGCAUAGCCAGCUAACGUUAGCUAGCUUAAAAUUGAUUUUUGUUUUUCUCUGCUAACAAAUGAUCUACAAGUUACAGCUAGCGAGUUCUCAAUCAGGUUGAGUUUGCAACACAAGUAUAACGUUCCUAAAAACGAAGACCCUACACAGUUUGCCUUGUCCAGUAUUGCAUGAACAACGUUUAUUCGCAUUUGGAUUCAACAUGAUUGUUAAAUUGGAAUUAUAGUCUUCCGUUCGCGUGUUAGUAAAGACAUCUUCAUGUGGCUACCAUGAACAAUAUUUGACUACUAGCAGAGCUGGUAAACGGUGCAGGGGGAUCAAAUUGAUGCAUGCUCAUCGUUAUGUCAAUCACCACCAAUGAUUGUAUACAUUGUAUUUACUGUUGGUAAAACACAGUCAUACUAUGUACAUUGUAGAAAUAUUGCUGCUGUAUUGUUGUUUACAUAACUGUUUUCAAAUUGCAAUGGUGUACCCCGGUCUUGUAUGGCUAUUUUCGGUUAAGUCCCUGCAUUGUAUCCUAGAUGGCAAAAAAGACAUCGACCAUGAGUCGGUUGUUGAAGAACAGAUCAUUGGGGAAAAUUCCCCUCCGGACUACUCUGAAUACAUGACGGGGAAGAAGCUGCCCCCUGGAGGGAUACCUGGCAUCGACCUGUCAGACCCCAAACAGCUGGCAGAGUUCGCCAGGUCAGUGUCUGUCGGUCUGCCUGCCUAAACUCACCUGUCCUUCAAGGAUAUGUACAAUGAACACACACAAAACUAUUGCAUAGCCUAAGCUCUGACACACAAAUAAUUGCCACCUAUGUGCUCUUGUGGCACACCUUGUAAAGUGGUGUUUAGCAAGAUGCUAGGAUUUGUGAUUCUCUUCAUGUUGCCUGGCUACUCAAGUCUUGAAGGUCGCACUUGAUGUGGUUGCUUUCCUGUAGUAGAUAUCGGAGGUAUAUAGCCUAAUCUCCUUCCUAAAGGGAGUGAUGAGCUGGCCCGGCUCUUUCUGACUCCCGUUUGGAUGUUGUGUUCUUAGCCCCUUCAGUAACUCUGCGGGUCCCUAUGGUCAGAGCCCAGUGCGGUAAGUUCUAGAGUCCACUUCUACGAGAGCCUUUAUACCGCACAUGAACACUGUCAACACACACUGUCAACACACACUGACAUAGAGCACCUGGACACAGUGAAAGGAGGGAACUGGCUGUUUCAGCUAUACUGGAACUCUUCCAUGGGUGCUGGUUUAUAUUAUUUGGUUAGCAAUUGAACAUGGUUAAUUGGAUUUUGUAUAUGGACAACAUAUUAUUUGAGUUAUGUUUCCUGUGAAUGCAAUCGGAUGAAAGUUACCUCCUUAUCUGAUGUUUUCUCAGGAUGAAGCCGAGGAAGAUAAAAGAAGAUGACGCCCCCAGGACGAUAGCCUGCCCUCAUAAAGUAAGUAGUCUGUUUCCAACAGUAUCUUUCCUACCCAGUCUCUCUUUCUCAGUCUAUCUAUGCCUGACUUGACAGUCGUCUUGGCCCCCAUGGAACCAUAAGUUGUCCUACAUGGCUCAAUAACGGAACUUUCUCUCUCGCCCAGGGCUGCACUAAAAUGUUCAGGGACAACUCGGCGAUGAGGAAGCAUCUCCACACCCACGGGCCUCGCGUGCACGUCUGUGCUGAGUGUGGCAAGGCCUUCGUAGAGAGCUCUAAACUCAAACGCCACCAACUCGUUCACACAGGGGAGAAACCCUUCCAGGUACGUACCUAGACACACACACACUCACAUAAAGGAGAAACCCUGCCAAGUACACUGUAUUUGACACUGUAGUGUACAAGUGUUGUAGUGUACACUGUACACCAGGGUGUAUUAAAACUGGGUUCUCCAGUAGUCUAGUGUGCCGUUUUUCCUGAAUGUUUACAACAGGUAAACCACUAUGCAUAUAAACCACCACAAGGUUUAUUCACAAAUUUACCACACAAAAGUAUGAAAAUAAGUCCCUUAACUUGCAUUGAGGGUAUGCAUAAAUUUUGCUUGGACAUUGACCCAAAAAGACUAAUGCAUGUUGAGCACUGAAUUUAACUGCACACACUUUCACUAUUAAUUAGUAUAUCCUAAUAAAGUAUAUCCAUGGUCUCCUUUCUGUGUGCAGUGUACCUUUGAGGGCUGUGGAAAGAGGUUUUCGCUGGACUUUAACCUGCGCACACACGUUCGUAUCCACACCGGAGACCGGCCCUACGUAUGCCCCUUUGACGGCUGCAAUAAGAAGUUCGCCCAGUCAACCAACCUCAAGUCUCACAUCCUCACACACGCCAAAGCCAAAAACAACCAAUGAGAGCCCUGCCCCAAGUCCCACCCCCACAGCAGUAUCUUAAUGACACCACACGUCAACCCUCCUUUGAGGAAAGAAACGAUUGGAGAGAAAAAAAAUUGAGAAGAAUAAAGGUACUGAAAUUCUCCCCCCUCUUCUUCUCCUAUUGGAUUGGCUGGCUAAAGAACAGUGGAACUCUUGAAAAAUAAACCCCCCUCCCAUUCCUCCCUUCAUAGUGGCAUCAGGUUGUUGCUAGAAAUAUGGAACUCAUGGACAAACAUCAGAGACUAUUCUUUCUACCAUGGAGCUGCAAGAGAGAGAGGGAGCAAUCUGUCUGUUUUUCCACUUAAAUGAAUUUCCACUGACUGGUCUUCAUGUCUUCUGCAUAGCUUUUAAUUUUCUAUUUCUCCAAGUGUGCAUAUUGUACACUUAUUUUGGGAUAUGUUCAGAAAAGACUUUGUGAUUAUUAUGAUUUUUUCCUGAGUAUUGAGAUCCGCUUACCGUAUGAUAGUCC